CCCUGAAGAAACUCGUCAUGCUCAAGGAAAUGGACAAAGACUUGAAUUCAGUGGUCAUUGCAGUGAAGCUGCAGGGCUCAAAAAGGAUACUUCGGUCCAAUGAGAUCCUUCUUCCAGCUGGCGGCCUGGCAGAGACGGAGCUUCAGCUAACCUUCUCUCUCCAGUACCCUCAUUUCCUUAAGCGCGAUGCCAAUAAGCUUCAGAUCAUGCUGCAAAGGCGAAAGCGUUACAAGAACCGGACGAUCCUUGGCUACAAGACGCUGGCCGUGGGGCUGAUCAACAUGGCGGAGGUCAUGCAGCAUCCCAGCGAAGGUGCCCUGGUGCUCGGCCUGCACAGCAGCGUGAAGGACGUCUCCAUUCCUGUGGCUGAAAUCAAGAUCUACUCCCUGUCAAGCCAGCCCAUCGACCAAGAGGGAAUCAAGGCUAAGCUGUCUGACCGUUCUCCUGAUAUCGAUAACUACUCUGAAGAGGAGGAAGAGAGCUUCUCAUCAGAGCAGGAAGGGAGCGAUGACCCUUUACAUGGGCAGGACUUGUUCUACGAGGACGAGGAUCUGCGCAAAGUGAAAAAGACCCGGAGGAAACUCACCUCUCAACCCAACAUCAAACAGAAGUUUGUGGCCCUGCUGAAGCGGUUUAAAGUUUCUGAUGAGGUAUGUUGUGGCCCCCCGCCCCCCCCUCUGCAGAUCCGGGAAGUAGAAGAGGACCUGGAUGAGCUGUACGACAGUCUGGAGAUGUACAACCCCAGUGACAGUGGCCCCGAGAUGGAAGAGACCGAGAGUGUCCUGAGCACACCCAAGCCCAAGCUCAAGCCCUUCUUUGAAGGAAUGUCUCAGUCCAGCUCCCAGACGGAGAUUGGCAGCCUCAACAGCAAAGGCAGCCUAGGAAAGGAUGCCACCAGCCCCAUGGAAUUGUCUGCUCUGGACAGAGUCAAAGCAACUUCUUGGAUCAAAAACCCAGAUGACAAUCUGCCUGAGAUCGACCCUCUGGACAUCAGUGACCAGGACAUGUUUGGAGACAGUAGCACCACUCUGGUUGUGCCCGAGAAAGUCAAAACCCCCAUGAAGUCUGGCAAGACAGAUCUGCAGGGCUCUGCGUCCCCCAGUAAAAUGGAUGGGGGGCAGACGCCCCGGCAGAAGAGAAGCACCCCUCUGAAGGAGCGGCAGCUCUCCAAGCCCCUGAGUGAGAGGACCAACAGUUCAGACAGUGAGAGGUCCCCUGACCUUGGCCACAGCACACAGAUCCCAAGAAAGGUGGUAUAUGACCAGCUGAAUCAGAUCCUGGUGUCCGACGCAGCCCUCCCAGAAAACGUCAUCCUAGUAAACACUGCAGACUGGCAGGGCCAGUACGUGGCAGAGCUGCUCCAGGACCAGCGGAGGCCUGUGGUGUGCACGUGUUCCACGGUGGAAGUCCAAGCUGUGCUGUCUGCCCUGCUCACCCGGAUCCAGAGAUACUGUAACUGUAAUUCCUCGAUGCCAAGGCCCGUGAAGGUGGUGGCUGUGGGCGGGCAGAGCUACCUGAGCUCCAUCCUCCGGUUCUUUGUCAAGGCCUUGGCCAACAAGACCUCCGACUGGCUGGGCUACAUGCGUUUCCUCAUCGUCCCCCUUGGUUCUCACCCUGUUGCCAAGUACAUGGGCUCAGUGGAUAGCAGGUACAGCAGCGCCUUCCUCGAUCCUGCCUGGAGGGACUUAUUCAUGACCCUCCGUGCCCUCCGGUGUUUCUCAGAGUCGCUGGACGUGGUGGGCCGAGUGAUGCAGUACGUGAGCGGGGCUGGCGUGACGCACCAGCUGCCCGUGGCAGAGGCCAUGCUGACCUGCAGGCACAAAUUGUCUCCUCACACCCAUCUCUCCUUCUCUUCCGACAGCCAAGAUGAAGACUCUUACCAGAAGUUCAUUCCCUUCAUCGGGGUAGUCAAAGUGGGCCUGGUGGAAGACUCCCCCCUGACAGCAGGUGAUGGCGACGACACGCCUGUGGUCAGCCUCACUGUCCCCUCCACGUCCCCGCCUUCCAGCUCUGGCCUGAGUCGGGACGCAUCAGCCACGCCCCCUUCUUCCCCAUCCAUGAGCAGCACCCUGGCUGUGGUUGGGAGUCCCAACAGCCCGUACGGGGAUGUCAUCGGCCUGCAGGUGGACUACUGGCUGGCCCACCCCGGGGAGCGGCGCAGGGAAGGCGAAAAGAGGGACACCAGCUCCAAGAACACCCUCAAGAGUGUCUUCCGCUCAGUGCAGGUGUCUCGGCUGCCCCACGGCAACGAGGGGCAGCUCUCUGGCACCAUGGCCAUGACGGUGGUCACCAAGGAGAAGAACAAGAAAGUGCCCACCAUCUUCCUGAGCAAGAAGCCUCGAGAGAAGGAGAUGGACUCCAAGAGCCAGGUCAUCGAAGGCAUCAGCCGCCUCAUUUGCUCAGCCAAGCAGCAGCAGACCAUGCUGAGAGUGUCCAUCGAUGGUGUGGAGUGGAGUGACAUCAAGUUUUUCCAGCUGGCUGCUCAGUGGCCCACCCACGUCAAGCAUUUCCCAGUGGGCCUAUUCAGCGGUAGCAAGCCUACCUGACUGCCCUGCCUCCUGGCUGAGGACCCCACUGUUCUCCCUUUGUGUCGUCUGCUGGUCUGGGGCACCUCCUGUGGGGGCGGUGCCAGCAGGCCUGGGGCCUGAGGGUCCCCUUCCCUUGCACUGGGGUCUACCUCUUCCCUUGCCCAAUCCCGAGGGACACUGCCACUGGGGAAGUUGGUCACUCCCCCCCACCCCCCCUCCCCUCCUUCCUCUCUAGGGCCCUGAGCCUUGUUCUCAGGCACCCAUCAGUCACUGGAAUUUAAGCAAACUCUUACAGGGGACCCCUUCGUUGGACCCCUCCCCUACCCCCUGGAGCCUGAGUCCACCGAGGGACAGACCCUUCCUGUCCCCUGCUUGGUUUCCAGUCUCUGCAUUUAAGGCCACCAAGGUCUCCGAACGUUUUGUUCUGGCUCCUUCCUGGCGAGGGGCACCCAUGGGUCCCCAGCUGUUGGUUAGGAGUUAGUUCAACCUGCCCCACCCCAGGAAUGUCAUCUCUGUCUCGGGUCAGCUCGGCUUUCCCGAGGGGGACAGCAGGGGUGGCCUGAGGCCAAAGGGACAGAGCCGGCCGGCCGUCCAGCAUGAAAGGGGCAGUCAGGGUGGCCAGGCGAGCCUCUCCAUCUCCUGGCUAGCUGGGCACGAUAGGGAAGGGCCCCUCUGCCCCCGGGCCCCACUUCUAGGGGCCCCGCCCAGCAUCCCCGGUGUCCUUGGAAGUGUCUUGUCCAUGUUGUGCGUGUGUCUUCGAGAACUCACUGGCUUCUGCUCCCGCCACCCUGCUCUGGCCUGCUCUCUCCUCUUCGUUCGGUGUGACUCCCCUGUGUGCCGGGCCCUGCCCCCUCCGGCUUCUCUGCUCCCAACACUCCAGCCCACCCGCCUUCCAGCCGAGUCCUGCUUCCCCCAGGCUCCCACCCCAGCACCUGUUCCUUCUCCCCCCGUGGGCAGCCUCCCAGAUCGGGCGAGCCCCUGCUCGGGUCCCUCCGCCCUUUGUUCUUGCCCCAGCCUGGCCUCAUUCCUCCUCAUGGCGAACGCACACGUCUGAGCCCUGGCUUCCCCCUCUCCUGCCCCGAAGAUGGGGGGGAUUGACCUCCAGGUGCUAGGGCUCCAGGCCUCAGUCCUCCAGUCAGUGUUCUGCCCACUGAGCCCCCUUCCUGCCCUCGAGCUCGUCCCCAUCCCAGAGGUUUGGACAGAAAGACCUUCUCCCUUCUGAGCCCUCCUGUGCCCCCGGGUCCUGUUACUCAGUCCUGCUGUCCAAAGCACCUUGCCCGGGCUCGGCUCUCUCCUGGUUGGGCCGUGGGUAGGGGGGAGUUGCUGUUGGAUUUUUCAUUCAAUAAACUGGUGGUUUCUUACCA